AAGGCACGGUCUACAAAGGAAUGUUGAAGGAUGGUAAGAUUGUGGCAGUCAAGAAAUCGCAGGAGGUAGAGGAAGGAGACCUUCAAGUCUUCAUUAAUGAAAUGGUUAUACUAUCGCAAGUGAACCACAGGAAUGCGGUUAAGCUACUAGGAUGUUGUCUCGAGACUGAAGUCCCUCUUCUUGUCUACGAGUACAUCCCAAAUGGAACCCUUUUCCAACACAUUCAUGAGCCGAGUGAGGAAUUCCCGUUGACAUGGGAAAUGAGAAUGACAAUUGCAAGAGAAGUAGCGGGUGCACUUGCUUACUUGUACUCUUCAGCAUAUUCGCCUAUCUAUCACCGCGAUAUCAAGUCAACAAACAUACUAUUGGAUGACAAAUACCGUGCUAAGGUGGUGGAUUUUGGGACAUCAAGGUCAGUAGCUCCUGAUCAGACGCACUUCACCACCUGCGUUGUAGGCACCUUCGGCUACUUGGAUCCAGAGUAUUUCCAGACAAAUCAAUUCACAGACAAGAGCGAUGUCUACAGUUUGGGUGUUGUUAUGGUUGAGCUUUUGACCGGCGAGAAAGCAAUAUCAUCCAUCAGAGCUGAAGCGGGAAGGAGUUUAGCCACACAUUUCUUGCUUUCAAUGGAGGGAAACACGUUGUUCACUUGCUUACUUGCACUCUGCUGCAUCUGCACCUAUUUAUCACCGCGAUAUCAAGUCAAAAACCAUACUCUUGGAUGACAAAUAUCGCGCCAAAGUCUCAGAUUUUGGGACUUCAAGGUCAGUA